AUGCGUCGUUCAUUAGUAUUUCCUCCCUGUCAUUUGCAGGAGGCCCGUUUGUUGCAGUCGCAACAACUUUUUGGUUGGUACCACCAGACACGCCACUUCACCUCAUUAGUUGACCGUUUGAGUACAGGCGUUGCGAGAAAGUUAUCAUCGUUAACGGAAACGCACAUGAUGCCGCUAAGCGAGAAACAUAUCACAGAGCCGCGACGCCCCUACCCAAAGCGUCCUUCAAUGCAGGAGAAUUUGGCCGAGCGCUUGGCUGAGCAACGGCGGUGGCGGAGCCGUGUGGUGCCGCAGCAAAUUAUACUCUCUAAAGACAAACUUUACAUUGAGUUUGUGUGGAGUGCCGCCACCCUCAGCGCCGCUGCCGCGCGGGAGAUGAGGCAGCAACAAAAUAACGAGGAGGAAAACGGGGAUGGUUGCACACAAAAAAGAAAGGGAAUAUCCUGCGGUAGCUUUGCUAAUGAUGGUAUCAUUAAGAGUGAGAAGCUUAUGUCCCACCGCACACGCUUCCUUGCGGAGUUCUUGCGCGCUUACUCCCCCAGCACCGAUGUGAUUGGUGCUGAUGCCCUCAUUUACGGUCGUCGCGGCAUCACCAUAACGGAUGUUAUUCCAGUUGGAAACUACGCUUUGCGCAUCGUGUUUUCCGACGGGCAUUCAGGCGGUAUUUACCCCUACGAAUACCUGUUUCAUUUAGGUCAAUGCAAAUACACGAAAAUGCGGGAGUAUAUAAGACGACUGCGAGAGAAACGCAAGUCGAGAGAUCCGCCGAAGCGGGUCCCGUCAAAGUACGUUCCGCGCGGUCGGAAUGCCGCAGAGGGCACACCGAAACGUGACAAAACUGAUGACUGUGGCCAUCGCGUUGCUGCAAAAUAG